AUGUCGCAAUCACAAUCACAAAUUCCAAAAGUUGGUGAUGAAUUCCUAACAGUAGAAAGCUUUAAGGAAGCAGCACAACAAAGUGCCAAGGCAGCGGGUUUUGCCUUUAGUGUAUCGUCAUCAAAAGUGUCAGGCGGAGGAAAAGGUGGUCAUACUCCUUUUAUUGUUUUGCAAUGUGUAAUGGGAGGUAAGUACAGAAACAAUCAUCAAAUUACUGAAGAAACACGGAAAAGAAAGAAGUCCACAAAGCGUCAAAACUGUCCUGUCAAUCUACGUGCUGUUUUGAAUAAGGAUGCUAAAGUUUGGGUAGUAACAAUUUCCAAAAAUGAACACAACCAUGAGCUACUACUUCCAUCUCAAGUUCAUUGUCUUCCUCAGCACCGGUAUCUUACUACAGAACAAAAAGAAUUGGUCCAUAUUAUGCUUAAGACCACAUUAUUGCAUAAGAUUGAGGAACUAGCCACUGAAGAAAUUCCAGUUCCAAAGGCGCCAUUGCAUACUGUAUCUAAUAAGCAUCCAACAUCUACUAAAAGAGAUCCUCUUCUCA